AGCUGAAUGCGCGAAAGAAAGUAUUCCGCUCCGGUUUAACUGUCACCAAAUUUUCAACGGCGUUCAGACUAAACCGUAGAAAGCAGUGCAUUAAAAAAUGUUGGUUAGAGAAUUGCUACUAAAGGAGACUUUAGCAGAAGGCGUCAAUGUGUGCCAAAUGGUCACUUACUUCAGACGCAAACAACGCGUUUGUUUUUCCAAGAUUGCUUCCACAACUGACAAAUGUGUUGUUUUCUGAGGAACAUGGUGUUCAUCAUGCUGCAAAGUCGCAAGGAAAUGGGCCCCUAAAUAGACUGUUGAUGGCAGCAAAAAGGAAAUACAUGGACACAGAAUUACCCCCUCAGGAAUCUGAAGACCUCUUCCAGGAUUUAAGCCAACUCCAAGAGACAUGGCUCACAGAAGCUCAGGUUCCUGACAGCGAUGAGCAAUUUGUUCCUGAUUUUCAUUCUGAAAACUCGGUGGCAUUUCACAGCCCUCCAGUCACUAUUAAGAAGGAACCACAGAGCCCCGGUUCUGACCCCAGUCAGUCCUGUAGCCACAAGCAGAGCUUCAGCUACCCCAGUGGAGAGCAGUGCCUUUAUGCCAGUGCCUAUGAGCAGAAAAGGGCUGCUGGAGGAGCUAAGGGCUCCUGCCCAGGAACCCCCAUGUCUCCAAUGCAACAACAUUACUCCCCAAAACCUGCUGUGGCCGGACGGUCCGACGCUGGUUACAUGAACCCCGCUGCCACCUCCCAGCCACUGCCUAGUAACAACUACCCCAUUAACACCAGUUCCAGGUAUCAGGGCCCUUCAGGAGAGCCGAUGUGCCCCCAGUUUGCCCCACCAGGGCCGACCUUCCAGCGCAUGCCAUCUGCCCCAUCAGGGCAUGGUAGCAGUGGAGGAGCUGGCGGCGGUGGGGGUGGGGGGCCAGGGGGUGGAGGUGGCAGUGGCACUUAUCAUCGACAGCAUUCUGACCCCUGCAUGCCCUAUCUGCAGCAGAGCUUUAAGCAAGAAUACCUGGACCCUAUGUAUGAGAGGGCCGCUCAAAUGGCAGGUCCCGGACAUGGGACUGGACCGGGGCAUGGACACGGGCAUGGACCUCAUCCCCACUCCCACCCACACCCACAUCAGCACUCACACCCACACAGGUUCCCACCAGCCCACAUGAUGGUCAAGCAGGAGCCCACAGACUACACCUACGAUCCUGAUGUGCCUGGAUGUCCCUCUAUGUACCAUCACAAUGAGGGCUACCCAAACCCCCAGCACAGCAAUGAAGGCUAUCUGUUUGAAAACGACUCCCGUGUUGUUCCAGAGAAGUUUGAAGGUGAGGUAAAGCAGGAAGGUGGUGGUGUCUUCCGUGAGGGUACACCUUACCAGCGCCGUGGCUCUUUGCAGCUUUGGCAGUUCCUGGUGGCCCUGCUCGAUGACCCGGGAAAUGCCCACUUCAUCGCCUGGACAGGCCGUGGCAUGGAAUUCAAACUCAUUGAACCUGAAGAGGUUGCCAGGCUGUGGGGCAUGCAGAAGAACCGUCCAGCCAUGAAUUACGACAAGCUCAGUCGCUCUCUGCGCUAUUACUAUGAGAAGGGAAUCAUGCAGAAGGUCGCUGGGGAGCGCUAUGUUUACAAGUUUGUCUGUGAGCCCGAGGCCCUCAUCUCUCUGGCCUUCCCUGACAAUCAGCGGCCCAGUCUGAAAGCAGAGUUCGAGCGCUAUGUCAAUGAGGAGGACACAGUGCCCCUGUCCCACCUAGAUGAGGGAGUGUCCUACACUCCGGAACAAGCCCCCCAAAACAUGGGCCCCCAGCCCUACUCCAAAGGCUACAUGUACUAAAGCUAGCCCCACCCUCUCCCCCUUUCUUCCCAUCCUCAAACAUUUUCCUCCUGUACCAACCAAUCAUCAUACACAACCCGACUCCCUAUGCACCUCUUGCACAGGCCCACCCCAUCCACUUGUAUAUAAGGCUAUGGUGUUUUUGUUUUAAAUUAAUCUCAUUAGGGAUUUUUUUUUUUUUUUUUUUUUGAGUUUUUAAGAGCUGCAUUCCUCUCACAUGUGAGGCUUAUUCAAUCCAUAAACAUGACUGUGGUUGAAGAGAUUGCUUAAUAAAUACCCAUAAUAAUACCAAA